UAAAAAAUGUUUUCAAAAUAUUUACCGAAAUCUGAGACAAUCGACUAUCGUUUCGCGAAAACAAAUACCGUCAAUAUGGAGCGUCUAAAGUGUUUAAACAGUUUCGCAUGUUAAUAAAUAAUCCUUUACUGUUUGCAUUUGGUUCGUCGAGCUCGGGUGUUUUUCCAUUAAAAACUAUAUAUACACGUCGGGACAUAAACGAAAACUUCCCAAUUUGAAUGCAUCUAUUGUCAAUUCAAUUAAGUUGAAAAUGUGCGUGAAUAAUUUUAAUAUGAAUGUUAUCGAUGAAGUUAUCAAAGCUUCUGAGGAGCUCUUCUUGGAAGACGAUGUUGAGAACGGAGUUCUCGAGCAAUUAAAAGAUCUUUGGAUAACUAAAUUGAAGAACGCAAAUGAUGAAGGACACUCUGCAAACGGAACGGAUAUCAUUGUUAAGAGUGUUUUAAGCCAACUAGAUGGAAAUGAGACUGAUUCAGAUGAUUCCAAUGCAUCUUCCUCUUCGUCCAACGAAAUGUCCGUCGCCGAAGAAGAAGAAGCUGAACAACUAGAUGACACUGAAGAGAGCCUCAACAGCGACGAUGACCUAUCUGAAGAAAACCUCGAAGACACUGACAAUGUUGUAAUUUGUCAGUACAAUAAAAUUACCAGGAACCGUAGCAGAUGGACUCUUGAAUUGAAAAACGGAGUCAUGACUCUCGACAAUAAAGAAUUUAUUUUUAAUCAAGCUAGAGGCUAUACCACUUGGUAAUUAUGCUCUGUUACAAAUGUAU